AUGGCGCGCAGCACGUACGACGACUUUAUUAUCAAGGAGAAGAUCGGUAGUGGCAGCUACGGUGUCGUCUUCAAAGUGAUCCGCAAGGUCGACAAGCAUGUUUACGCGAUGAAGGAAAUCGACCUCCAAGGCAUGUCCCGCAAGGAGCAAGAAGAGUGCAUCCGGGAAACCCGCGUUCUGUCCUCUCUUGAUUCGGACUAUAUUAUCAGAUACUAUGACUCGUUUUUAGAGAAGGGCAAGCUCUACAUCAUUACAGAGUACGCGGCGAACGGCAAUUUGCACGACUACAUCAAAAAGCAGAAGUCUUGGUUGAAGGAGGAGUUGAUAUGGAAGCUGUAUAUCCAGAUUCUGCUGGGACUCAACCACAUGCACUCCAAGAAGAUUCUCCACCGUGACAUAAAGACUCUGAACGUGUUCCUCGACGAGGACGUGAACGUUAAGCUUGGAGACAUGGGCGUCGCAAAGAUUCUGAGCACGAACACAAACUUUGCGAAGACGAUAGUGGGCACCCCCUAUUACUUGUCUCCUGAGCUCUGCGAGGAUAAGCCGUACAACGAGAAAUCGGACGUUUGGGCACUGGGAGUGGUGUUGUACGAGUGCUGCACCCAGCGGCACCCCUUCGAUGCAGAUAACCAGGGGGCGUUGAUACUUAAAAUCCUUCGGGGCAAGUUCCCGCCAGUUACAGGCUACUCACCGGACAUCUCGGAUCUGAUUAAGCGCUGCUUAACACAGAACGCGAACCGGCGACCAAACACCUUCAAGCUUCUGACUCUGCCCAGCAUCCGGCAAAAAGCGGAGGAGCUCGGGAUCUCGUUGCCGGACCAGGCCACGCUCGCACUCAUGGCGGAUCGAAAUGUCGCUGGAGGGCCUGGCAAGGCGCGGCCGAAGACUCCUCUAGGAGACGGGGGAGUACCGGAGGCUGCUGUUGCCUCCGAACCAGGCGAUGCUCUCGCGUCCACCAUCCGCACAAGCGAGGCGGUAGGAACGCGGCCAGUGGACGUGACCGUCACGAAUGUGGAGCGCACGCCAGGGGAGGGUCAGCCGCUUGGGGCGGCGCCGGCGCCCGUCCAAGCCGCGUGGAGCGUAGAGGACACCAAGCCCAAAGCGCAGCGACCACCAGCCUGGGGCCUGGCGCAGCAAAUGGAGAAUCUCGACGUCGAGGAUGAAGGUGACGACGAAGAUGACAGCAAGAACCCCUACCUGAAUCCCGUUCAAGGGGAUCACGAGGAUGGGGAAGAGGACGAGGACGUAGAGGGUGAAGAGGACGAGGAGUAUUACGAGAAUGGGGACUAUGUGGAGGGUGAGGGCGAAGAGGGAGAUGCAGGGUGGGCGCCCGACCCCACCCGCAUCGCCCACAUGAGGAGCGCAAUGAUGAUUCAGCGCGCAGCUUGCCUGGACCUUGUUGGCGAGAAGGCAUUCAACGAGCUUUACGCGCUUUUGAAGAGCAACCAGGUGGAUGAGGCCAGCAUGACGGACCUUUCGAGGCUGGUGUUCAAGAUCAUUCCGUACGACAAGUCGGAAGUGAUCCAGAUGAUGUACAAGCUGUUGUACCUGGAGUCGCAGCUGGAGGGGCACUAGGAUGGUGGAGCCAACAGCAGCAGCGGAUUACAGCUGCAUGGCGCAGCAUUGACCGGCAGUAGCGGCGGGGGCGCGCGGCGUGGCAGCUUCCUGAGACCUGUGGGUACACAAGGAGCAAAUGAUGUGACCGGAAGCGUGGGACAGCUAGACUUUAUCCUGGCUGAGUAACUGCAUGUCACAGCUAAAGAUUGCCGUGCGCUGACAGGCGCACGGCCCCUGCGGUGCAGCGUGCCGGUCUUUGUAAUAAACGGCAGCAGCAGCAAGUACGUGUGGGUGGCGGAAAGGCCGCCGGCCGGGGUGUUUGCGGCAGCGGAGCGGUGGCAGCGAAGGAUUGAUGUAGUGCGCACGAGCGCCCGUUCCACACAUGCAAAGCGGCGGGAUGAUGAUAGUGCCAAGUCACGUCAACGUGCACGUCAAGCCCCGGCCCAGCGGUGUGCAGGCCAGGGGAAAAGGAUGUUCCCACAAGAAACAAUCGCUGGACCAGUGGGUGAGGAUAGCUUGUCGCCCGUUUCCCUGGCGCUGUUGGCGUUUGUUUAGAGAGGGCUGCUUGCUCAGGUCGAUAGGUUGAGC